AGGUAGAAUUUAAAAGAAAAAAGAAAAAAACCACUGAACGCCGAGCGCGAGCCAUCACCUGUUGGAGCGUCACGCCGAGGAACGGAACAGUUCGUCUUUUCUUGUUUCUCGUUGAUCCGCCUGGGAGCCGCGUUUUCAGGUUUUCAGUUUAAUGUCACAUUAGACUGAAAACAGGUUAAAUGUGCAGAGGCUGGUGUUUUGGCGGCGCUCGAGUCUUUCAGAGGGACCUGAUGUUGACGGAGCCCGCCGGGCCGGAGGCACCAUGGACGCCGCGGACAACGGGGACCACCUGAGAGUGUCAGCGGGCGGGACGAGGUGGCGGGGCACGGGCCAGCGGAGGAGAGAGGAGGCAGACGGGGAGGAGGACGAGGAGCUGGUGGAGGUGCGGCUCCGAGGCAGGGCGCCCUGGGGCUUCGCCCUGAGGGGGGGCGCCGAGCACCGAGAGCCUCUGGUCAUCACCAAGGUGGAGGAGGGCAGCGUGGCAGCGGCGGUCCGUCUCCAGGCCGGCGAUGAGAUGGUGAGCGUGAACGCCGUUCCCCUCGCCGGCUCCCGUCAGGAGGCCAUCUGCCUGGUGAAGAGCUCCCACAAGACCCUGACCCUGGUGGUCCGGAGGUACCGCCGCCACAGCAGGAAGAAUGAUCCAGGCUCUCGGCCCCAUUCCUGGCACUCCUCCAAGCUGACAGAAGAGGAGUCAGGGCCCGCUGGGAGAGAGGCCACCCCAGCACCAGUCUGGCAGCCAAACCAUGAAGCAAGGUCCAAAGAGUCGUCCACUCAAGGGGAACAGAACACUCACUGUCAGCUAACCAGUCAGUUCAGCUCAGCAAACAACAUGGAGAGACUGGAUCGUCCCUCUCAUCCCUACCCACCAGGUCGUCUUUCCCCGACCAAAUACAUCAGCAGCGCUGAGCCGCUCUGUGGACCAGCAGGGAAAAGAGACUAUGGGUUCAGCUGUUUCUCCAAUGGCUCCAGCCCUCCUGUCCAUGACCGGAGCACAUCUGCUAGGAAGGGUACCAGCACUGAAAACAUUUUCUUCAAGGGCCUUCACAGCGAAGGACCUCAACAGGCUGGGCAGCCCAGGUACCUCCAGCCGACGCUAGGGAACGGAGGCUGGGAAGGGUCACGGGCAGACGAGCAGCCCGCCUCUCGUGUUUCCAUUGCCGGGAGACCCAGCAUUGGCCCAGUGUGGCAGGUACCAGAGAAGAAGAAGUCCCAGUCUCCUCCUCCCCCGCCUCCUCCCCUGCGCAGUGACAGUUUUGCUGCCACAAAGGUGUUCCCUUACUCCGAAGGGCCUAGCGGUCCAACAAAGAGCCAUGGCAGAUCAAUAGAAAAACUGACUGAAAAUAACGACCAGAAUGGCCUCAGAUCUCACCAGGAGAAAAUCUCAGAGGCCAGACGUAGCUUCAACCCCCUGCCCACCAAAGACUUCCUCCAUCCCAACUCGGCAGCUGACCACAACCACAACCAGCUGCACCCCAACAAACUCUUCUCCUUGUCCAGCACUGAUGUCAGACAGUCUCAUUACACCCAAGCACAUGCCCACCAGAGGCAAUACAGUGACGAAAGCCCCUUAUACCUGCAGACGAGGUCGGCUCCUCCCACCAAGGCUCAGAGUGUAGGAAGCUACUAUCGUAGCCUCCAGGAUCUGCCCACAAAUGUAUUCAGCCGCAAACAGGUCCGGCACUCCACGGCAUCCAUGACAAGUUCUGCUGCAAACCCAAACCUGGAGAGCGGGGGGCACAGCAGAUACUACGGCCUGGCAAGCAAGCAUUCGGUUCAGACUGCUGAGCUCCAGGCCAGGCAGGGCAAAGCAGAGGGCCGUAGGGGGGAAACAGAGAAACCCCACUGGGUAAACAGCAAUGAACCAGGCUUCCCAAGUUCCUUGAAGACAAACGUUAAGGCAAAGUACCCUCUACCUCAGUCCCAGAUGCCUUACAGUGAAAAUAAGGAGCGCAAUGGGAAUGGUCUUCAUUAUGACCACCAAACCUCUGAACAUUCUGUUCGAAGCCGCAGCCCAGAGGAUCCUGCAAAGAGAGGUGAAGGACACACAAAUGACAUGAAAAGACACUUUCCAACACAUCAGAGUAAUGAACAUAAAGUCAGUCUUUCAAGGCAGCAGGACCCAUGGGUGCCUCAAGAAGACCACCGAAUAUCCCCCCUGAAAACCCCGCUUCUCCACUCCCUGGCCCAGGAGAGUAGAUGUCUAGCUGAAAGGCAACCAGCUGCUAUGACCAUGGGCGUCAUGUCCAUCGAGGAUACGGGUGACACCAUGUCGACCAGCGGUGGAAAAGCGAAUCGGCGCAGCGACCGUUACGCCACAACCCUCCGCAAAGAGAUCCAGCAGAAACGAGCUCAGCUGCAAAAGAGCCGCAGCGCCGCAACCCUGACUUGCGAUGCAGAGGAUGAGGAGGUAGAGGACUGGAGAUCCACAGAUACUAUGUCCUCUGGUGUCUCCUUUUCCAACACCUACAAGGACCACCUGAAAGAGGCACAGGCCAGGGUCCUCCAGGCCACCUCCUUCCAAAGACGAGACCUAGAGCCCCUUGGACCAGAAGCAGCUGUAGUAAAAACCUCCAGCGGUCGCAUCAGAGGGCGUAAGCGCCUCCCCCUGGCAAAGAGGACACACUCCUUCUCAGAGCCUGACAAGAUAGAUAAAGUAGGAGUGGAGGUGGAGCCUCAAACAGGUUCCUUCGGAGAGCGGCGGAAGUUCUUUGAGGCCAAACCGGCAUUCUCCAGACCUGUGCUGAAGUCCAGUCAGGGUACAAAUGCAGACCUUGGUGAGAUUGGUAAACUCAAGGAACUCCCUCCCUCUGGAGAGCCUGAGGAGGCUCAACCAUCCACGGACCCCAAUCUUAGCCCUGGACAUAAGCAGACCUUACUAGAGCAGCAGAGGCUUGGGACCUUUGCGGAGUACCAGGCCACAUGGAACAAGCAGAAGAAGUCGUCAGAGGCAAAGACGCAAGGGAGGUAUCACUCUGCGGAGAAUAUUUUAGAUGCAGAUGCUGAGGAGAAGGCCAUCUGCGUGCACGAGAGAUCCAGAUCUUCCCCCUCUGCAGACUUCUAUACACAGACUAUUCCCUCACCGUGGAGGGACCCUCAAGCCCAGCAGAGCGGUUACACCACCAGAGGGAAGGCAGAGAACAGGCUGCGAUACCAGCCUGACCACAGCCCACAGUCGGCCUCGUCAGUCCCCAGAAACGAGGGCCCGGUCCCAGGCCUCUCUGACCACAGGAGCAAACCAGACGCUGCCAAUCCCUCCCACACCGCGCCUUCCUCGGGCCCUCGUAGCCUCAGUCCCAACCCUGGCUCCCAGCGCCCGGCCCAGCCUCCACAAACCAAGGGCCUCCUGCCGCCGCCCAGGCACCAUUUAGGCCCAGAAACCACAGCCUCCUCCCAGGAAUUCCUCGCUGGCGCCCGGGCGGACCCGGCAGCGCUCCAGCCUCUGUCCAGCUCCAGCUCUGACACCCAGCACCAUGCCACUGCCCAGGGCUCCUCCGCUGGUCCCGCCCCGGCCGGCUCCCCUCACCUCAGCAGGACACCCGGACCAGACAUGAGUAGAGGAGAUGUAGAAAGUGAGCAGGAGAAGGAGCGGCCGCCACCACCUUCCUCCUCUCCGUCCCCAUCCUCCUGCCGGACGGCCGCUCUGUCUCUGCCCGCGGCGGAUCGAGCGCGGUCUCCCUCGCCACAGUUCGCUCCGCUGAGACUGACCGACAAGCCGCCGGCCGUGUCCGUGCGGGAUGACUCACCGCUCAGGUCGGAAAAUGAGUCGCAGCCUGCAGAAGUGAUGGACGUGAACAGUCCAGUGAGGAAAGUCCCCGUGAGGAUCGUCCUCGCCGAGAGCAGCUCAGGUCGGGAGGGUCGGGCCUACCUGCCCCAGAGCGGCGAGACCUGCAGCAUCUUCGAGCCGUCGCCCCACAUCCCCUGCCUGGGGGCGACGGAGCACCCGGCCUCGUCCCCGUUCAGCGCCUACACCCGCCGCGCCGCUCAGGGCCCGGGUCGGGCUUCGGCGUCGGUCCCCGAGUCCAGCUCGGCAGGUGCUCGGCGUUCGGAGGAGGACGCCAAGAGGGAGGAGCUGGCCAGGGACAUCAUGGGUAAGGACAAGUCCCUGGUGGACAUCCUUGACCAGAGCGGCAGGAAGACCACCAUGGACCUCAUGGAGGGACUCUUCCCCUCAGAGGAGCAGAUCCUAGAAGGAGCCCACCAGCGGAGGAGGGCCUCCGCCAGCUCCAGGCUGCCCGCCUCCCCCCCCAGGAGCACAGACAGGAGGGAGGAGGAGGAUGCGCCUGCAGCAGCAGCAGCAGCAGCAGCCUCCCUGGUGCCCAGCUCCUCCUACUACAACACAUCAGCUCCCAAGGCCGAGCUCCUCAUCAAGAUGAAGGACAUGCAGGGGCAGCUGGAGGAGCAGGACUCUGAGGAUGAGCUGGACGUGGACCUGGCCAGUAAGAAGCAAGAGCUGAUCUCCAGCCUGGCGAGGAAGCUGGAGGUGCUGCGGGAGGCGCGGCAGAGCCUGCAGGAGGACGUGGAGGACAACGAGACCCUGGGCCGUGAGGUGGAGGCCACCGUGCAGCGCCUCUGUCAGCCCAACCAGCUCGACAAGUUCCGCAUGUUCGUGGGCGACCUGGACAAAGUGGUGAGCCUGCUGCUGUCGCUGUCGGGGCGGCUCGCCCGGGUGGAAAACGCCCUCAACAGCCUGGAGGACGAGGCUCCGCCGGAGGAGAAGCGCACCCUGACGGAGAAACGCAAGCUGCUGAUGCGGCAGCACGAAGACGCCAAGGAGCUGAAGGAGAACCUGGAUCGUCGAGAGCGGCUGGUCUCCGGGAUCAUGGAGGUCCACCUGGACGCGGGGAGCCUGGACGACUACCGGCACUUCGUCAAGAUGAAGUCGGCUCUCAUCAUCGAGCAGCGCAAGCUGGAGGACAAGAUCAAGCUCGGCGAGGAGCAGCUGAAGUGCCUGUUGGACAGUCUGCCGCUGGAGCAGAGGCCGCUGCUCUGAUGCUUUUCACCCAUAGAAAAAAAAAAAGCCAGAGCCUCUGGUUCUGCUGGAGAAAAAAACUGGAUCAGGACUGGGGCACCUGGAAGUCGGGGGAGAAUUACUACAAGAGAAGGUGCAGCAUGUAGCAUUUUUAAUAUUAAUGUCGUUGUUGAAUCGUGUCCAACUUCAUGGCUCAGACCAUUUCAAGCCUCAGUGGUGUUUGUUUCUCGAAAUUGAUAGAAUAUAACAACAACUUCCCACGUGGCCCCUUUUUCGACCAAAUAGGUCCAGGAACAAAGGAUCCUUGGCUCAGUUCGUUCUGGAAGAACCGCAUCCUUUGUUUACUCAGUGACGACGUCUGGUGUCUUUUUAUUUUAUUUUAUUUUUACAUGUCUUAGUUUCCCCCCAAAAAAAUCAAGGGCUUGGUCGAGUUUUUAAUGAGAUACAAGUUCCAUCUUUCUUUUGAGCGUCUUGCUCGGGUGAUUCCGUAAUUUCAUUCCCACCCUCGAAUCUUCGGACCGCUGGUAACACUGCGCCUCCGUUCGGGCCCGCGGCCAGCGAGGGUUUGAUACUCAAGAGGUGGAUUUUGAAAAACGCCCCCUGGAGACCAGUACCCCAAUGUACACGCACCCAUUUAUAUCCUCAACCAGUUACGUAACCAAAUAAAUUUGGUUGUCUCUUGAGCUCCCUGUGUUUCCAGCCUCCAGCCUCCGUUUAAUAUUUUUGUUUGAGUCCUGUUGAGGUUGCCCCCCCCCCCCCGGCUGCAUGUGGCUGCAUUUGUGAUUACUUAUCAUCACGUGUGUUUUCAGUUUUAAAGUAAUAUUUUCUAGUAAUUUAUUAUAGCCUUUUUUUUUUUUCUUUUUGAAAACGUACGUGGAAGAAGGUGGAAUGUUUUCCCAUUAAUUUUAAUUUCACUCUUUUCUAAUGAAAUGACAUGAAAUGAAGAGUCUGAUUCCAAAAUGCUACAAUCCAACCGGGACUCGAACCACUUUAACGACAAAACCACCUCUUCCUUUGUGUGUGGUGUGUUGCUCUUCGAGCGUAGCUGUCACCGUUACACGUGAUGGGUAUCUCAUUUUGGAGUGGAACUCUUUCAUUCAUGCUAGAACAAGAGGGUGACUCUGACAGCCGGACGUUUCCCUCGUGAAGACGACGCCGACGCCGGCGACUUGUUCCGGCAGCACAGACGCCGGCGCUUUUUAGCCGAAGCUCCCGGCAGAAAAAUCCCCGUGCAGGAGCAGAGGGACCGAGGUGCGGCCGGAGUUUUUCUGUGGAGGUUAAUCGGAAAAGUUAGCACUUUACUCACUUGCUUUGGUCCUGUUAGGGGACUCUCUACACACACACACACACACAUUUAUCUGAAGACGUGCCUACUGUAGCCUCCCACCACUGUGAUCUUCGUGGACGGGCGUGGGCUUGCCCUCCGGGUACCGUGUACAGCCCACGCUUCAUGUAUGCAGUGCGCUCGUUCACCACCUUGAAAAGCAAUAAAAUGAUUAAGCCGAGAGAUCUGGCGAUCGUGUCUCUUGCUUUUACAUCUCAUUACUUGCAUUUUUUCUCACUGCUAAAAAUCAAAUUGAUCAGGUCAUUCUGCAGCUGAACUGUAAAAACAAGCAAACACACACUGAAAUAAACUAUUUCUCAAAACAAGUGACAGUCUGCCGGUGCAUGUCGACCUGGGAACCAGUGUCUGUAUCUGGAGAGAAGAAACUAGGAGGAAACAAGACCGGGACGCAGGUGCUUGUUUAGCAGGUAACCCGGGAGACAAGAAGAGCAUCGGGGGAAAAAAGGAAGAGCGAGAAAGGGAAGACGACCUGCGGAGGAGGAGAGCAGCCG